AUGGUAUCAUUAACAACAAUAACAUCUGAUUUCACUAUCUACAGUUUCUUCAUCAUAUUAAUUAUUGGAACAAUUGGAAAUAUAUGUAAUCUUAUUGCAUUUUUAUCGAAAGAUCUUCGAACAAAAGCUUGUAUAUUUUACAUGGUUUGUUCUGCUUCACUUGAUUUAUUUUUCAGUAAUUUUGGUAUUAUAAUUCGUUUCUCAACAGAAUAUUUUGGAAAUAAUCUGACUAAUACUAAUCGUGGUAUUUGUAAAGUACGUGGUUACCUUCUUGUAUGUUUACCAGCGAUGGCUUCAACAGGUGUUUUAUUGGCAACAUUCGACCGAUGUGUAUCAACAUCAUCAAAUGCUCGCUGGAGACGAUUGAGUUCUAUUUGGUUUGCUCAACGUCUUUUCAUCAUAUUCAUGCUCUUUAUUUUAAUUUCAAGCAGUUUUCAUCUGAUCGUAUAUGAUAUUCGCAAUGGUACAUGUGCACCAUCACCUGGCCUUGCAGCGAUUAUAACAUUUACAAUUAAUAAUAUUCAUGCUGAAUGUACGUUAUUAAAUGUUCCUAUUAAUUGGAAUUCAUCUAAUUUAACAACAUGUACAGAAACAAUUCAAAUAUACGUUAAACGUUAUUUUUUAUUAGGAUACGAAAAUAUAUCUCAUCAUUUAUGGCGAAUACCAGGUGGCGGUGGUAUUCCUGUAUCAUCAUUAGAAUUUGAAGCUGUAACUGUUGUUGGUGCAUUAAGUGGUUCAGUUUCAGUCUAUGUUACAGAUAAACGUAGUGUUGGUGAGAGUAGUCGAUUAGAAUGUCCAACAUCAAUUGUUCAAAAUUUUACGGGUUGUUUGUCAUUUAUUAAAGCAAAUGAAUAUCGUUUAAAACAAAAUACAUAUACAAAUACAGCGCAUGAUUUAGAAUACGUUCUUAAUAUUGUUAUGGGUAAAAAUCGUGAAAAUUUAAAAACAAAUCAACGUGUUAUUCUAAUGGGAUCAAGUCAAGGAACUUAUCUUUUACAACGAUAUCUUCACGUAACUCAAGAAUCUGAACAAGUCGAUGCUGUUAUAUUUGAUUCUGUUUUACCACCUGAUAUAACACGAUUAGUUUAUGGUGAUAAAUAUUUAAAUUAUAUAUUUUUAGAUUUAUUUACACGUUGUUCACAAGAUCAACAAGGAUGUGCAAAAUAUUUCGAAGAUAAUAAUCCUUUACGUGCUCUUUAUACAUAUAAAAUGAAUGAAGAUUUUUUUGAUAAUUCAUCUUGUCUUUAUCUAUUAAAAACAAAUACAACUGAACUUGCAAAUAAAAUGUCAUUUAUAUUAUAUCCGGAAGCGAUGCAAUUAUUACCUGCAUUGAUCUAUCGAAUCAAUCGAUGUAAUCAAGAUGAUCAGAAUGUUUUAAAAAAAUUUUUAAAUGUAACUCAACCACCAGAACAAGAGGGAGCAAUAGGAUAUUCAAUUUUAGUUGAAUUAAAUAAUAAUCUUGCUGAAUUAUGGUCUCCGUUGAAUUUAGAAGAAAAAAAUCCAACAUGUGAAUAUUUAAAAGGAAUAUCAAGCAAUACAUUUGCUUCUACAAAUGUUAUGCCGGAUAUUUAUUGCGAAAUUGAAAAAACAAAAAUCUUAGAAUAUCCGACUGAUCAAUAUUAUAGAAAAUACCCAACAAAAAAAACUAAUAUGCCAAUGUUAUUGUUACAUGGGGAUAUGGAUCAAGCAUUGCCGUUACCGAUUCCUCGACAUUUUUUUAAACAAUAUUCAAUGAUAAAUCCAAAUUUUAUCAAUAUUGAAAUGCCUCGAACAGGACAUACUGCGUUAGGUGGAUCACCAAUGGUUGACGAAGAAGGUACUUGUGGUUGGAACAUAGCUGUAUCAUUUAUGUUAUCACCGACCUUCGAACCUGAUCGUUCAUGUUUAAAAAAAAUUAGUUCAAUUGAUUUUGCUGGUACAACAACAAAAACGAAACAAAUAGCGAUACAAUAUUUUGGUACUGAUAAUAUUUGGGUAUUGAAAAUGAAUCAAAAUGGAUGUACUAAUUUUGAAGAUCUUUCAAAUGAAAUAAUCUAUGAAAUUUUUGAUUUUCUUGAUACUUAUCAAGCUUAUGAAAUUUUUAGCAAUUUAAAUAUACGAUUUCGAAAUAUUCUUACUUUAUCAGAUCUUUCGAUUAAUGUCAAUAUUUUUAAUAUAUCAAAAUUAUCAUUUGAACAACAUUAUGAACAAUUUUUUAAAUGUAAUACUCAUCGAAUUCAUUCACUUUAUAUUUCAAAUCCAAUUGUUAUCGAUUUAAUAUUUUCAUCUAUUAAAAAUGAUUUAUUACUAACUCGACUUCGAAUACUUUGUUUGAAAAAUAUUGAUUUAAAUGAUUGUAAAGAUUUUUUCGAUUAUUUGAUUCUAUUACCACAACUUUCAACAUUAAUUAUUUAUUCAUUUAAAAAAGAUUGUGAUAGAAUUAUAAUCUAUCAUAAACUAUUUCGUUUACCAGCAUUAAAAUACUGUAAAUUAUCGCUUAAUGAUAGCAGUAAUUUUCCACAGGAAGUAUUUUCUACUACUUAUGAUACCUUUAGUUCUAUUGAACAUCUUAUUAUUGAUUGUAAUGUAUAUUUUAAUGAACUAUUACAUAUAUUACCAUAUGUUCCUCAUCUUCGUCGUUUAUCAAUCAAAAGUCUGACUUCGUCUUAUGGUCAGGUACCACAUAAAUUUUCAUUUACUUUAAAUAAUCUGACACAUGUUUCUAUUGAAUUACACCUUAUAAACUUCGAUGAAUUUCAACCCUUUACGAUGAAUCUUUUUAAAAAUCUUCAAGUUUUAUAUAUUUCAACUAGUAUGGAUAAUGAAUAUAUCAAUGCUCAAAGAUGGGAAGAUUUGAUCGCAACUCAUAUGCCUCAUUUACGAAUUUUUGAUAUUCAGCAUAAAACAUAUUUAUUUAACAAUAUAAUUAAUGGUGAAACAUGUCAAGAUUUAAUGAAUCGAUUCGCUACAUUAUUUUGGACUAAACGAAAAUGGUUUUUUACACAUCAACUUUAUUAUUUAGACCGUCCAAAUUAUGGAGUAUUCUAUUCUAUACAACCAUACAGUUUAUUAAAAGAAUUUGUCACAUGUUUUGAAGAUCUUUCUGAUGAAUUAAUCUAUGAAAUAUUUGAAUUAUUAAAGUUUGAUCAUGUUUAUAAAGCUUUUUAUUCACUUAAUACACGAUUUUAUAAUUUUAUAAUUAAUUCAACUGUUCCAAUUGAAAUUAAUUUUUCUUCUAUAUCAAUAUUGUAA